AUGGACAUCGACAUCAAUACUCACCCGGUCUUUUCACGCAUACCGCCGUGGGUCAAGGCCAAGCUGCGUCCGAUUGCAAUCUCGAAAAUACACCAAGUGUACGACUGGGUUGAGAAUGAGUGUAUACCCGCUGAGCGCAUAUACAAAGCGCAGCUCAGUCAAAGCAAGACAAGAUGGGAAACACCCGCCAUCAUCCACGAGCUGCGCAAGAAAGCCAAAGCCCAAGGGCUCUGGAACUUGUUUUUGCCCAACCACUUUGUUGAGAGUCCCGGAUUGACGAAUUUGGAGUACUCUUGCUGCGCCGAGAUAAUGGGGAAAGUGUACUGGGCCGCGCAGGUAGACGAUGAACUGCCACGCCCGGAAACAGGCAACAUUGAACUGCUAGCCAAAUACUGCACACCAGCACAGAAGGAAAAAUGGCUGUACCCGCUGAUGAACGGCGACAUGUCUUCCGCCUACAGCAUGACGGAACCCGACGUAGCCUCCUCAGACGCCACCCAAGUCGGCAUCAAGAUGGACAUUACCGAAAACGAAGUCAUAAUCAACGGCCGCAAACUCUACGGCAAUUGCCAAUACAACCCGGAAAUGCAGCUCUUCAUCCUCAUGGGCUGCUCGGAUCCGACGAAUCCGAAUGCAUGGAACAGACACACGACGCUUGUGGUGCCGGCGAACAGCCCUGGGCUCAAGCAGAUCCGGAACUUGAGUAUCAUGGGCUACGACUGGGCGCCGGAAGGCCACGGCGAAUACGUCUACGAAAACGUGCGGGUGCCGCGAGAAAACAUCAUCAUGGGGCCUGGACGCGCUUUUGAAAUCGCACAGGGGAGACUGGGUCCCGGGCGCAUCCACCACUGCAUGCGGCUGAUCGGGCAGGCCGAACGCGCGUUUGAACUCGCGCUCGUGCGGUGCAUGGAGCCGCGCAAGAAGCCGCGGGGCAAGUUCAUCGGCGAGUUUGACAGCAACAUUGAGCGCAUUGCUGAUAUGCGCAUGACAAUUGAUGCAAUGCGCCUGGUUGUGCUCAACGCGGCUGAUACCAUGGAUCUCCAGGGCAACAAGGCGGGUAGAUACGCUAUUGCGCAGAGUAAAAUCAUGGUGCCCAAUGCCCUGCUCAAAGUCAUCGAUGAAGCCAUGCAGAUAUAUGGUGGCCAGGGAUUAACCCAACAUACACCUUUACCCGAAAUCUGGACGUAUGCGCGCUUCGUGAGGGUCGCCGAUGGACCGGAUUCGGCACAUAGGCAUCAGGUUGGGCGCGAUCAGAUGAAGACUGCGAGUGAGUUUAGAGAGAAGGCGAAAGGAUAUACCGAGAGGUAUAGAGAGUUGUGCAAGAAGUGGGGAUUGAAGCCUGAGGAAUUUGAGGGAGUAUUAUAG